AUGACAGCCAUCAUCAAGGAGAUCGUCAGCAGAAACAAAAGGAGAUACCAAGAGGAUGGAUUCGACUUAGACUUGACCUAUAUUUAUCCAAACAUUAUUGCUAUGGGGUUUCCUGCAGAAAGACUUGAAGGUGUAUACAGGAACAAUAUUGAUGAUGUAGUAAGGUUUUUGGAUUCAAAGCAUAAAAACCAUUACAAGAUAUACAAUCUAUGUGCUGAAAGACAUUAUGAUACCGCCAAAUUUAACUGCAGAGUUGCACAGUAUCCUUUUGAAGACCAUAAUCCACCACAGCUAGAACUUAUCAAACCCUUUUGUGAAGAUCUUGACCAAUGGCUAAGUGAAGACGACAAUCAUGUUGCAGCAAUUCACUGUAAAGCUGGAAAGGGACGAACUGGUGUAAUGAUUUGUGCAUAUUUGUUACAUCGGGGCAAAUUUUUAAAGGCACAAGAGGCUCUAGAUUUCUAUGGGGAAGUAAGGACCAGAGACAAAAAGGGAGUAACUAUUCCCAGUCAGAGGCGCUAUGUGUAUUAUUAUAGCUACCUGUUAAAGAAUCAUCUGGAUUAUAGACCAGUGGCACUGUUGUUUCACAAGAUGAUGUUUGAAACUAUUCCAAUGUUCAGUGGCGGAACCUGCAAUCCUCAUUUUGUGGUCUGCCAGCUCAAGGUGAAGAUAUAUUCCUCCAGUUCAGGACCCACACGUCGGGAAGACAAGUUCAUGUACUUUGAGUUCCCUCAGCCAUUGCCUGUGUGUGGUGACAUCAAAGUAGAGUUCUUCCACAAACAGAACAAGCUAAAGAAGGACAAAAUGUUUCAUUUUUGGGUAAAUACAUUCUUCAUACCAGGACCAGAGGAGACGUCAGAAAAAGUAGAAAAUGGAAGUCUAUGUGAUCAAGAAAUUGAUAGUAUUUGCAGUAUAGAGCGAUCAGAUAAUGACAAAGAAUAUCUAGUACUCACUUUAACAAAAAAUGAUCUCGACAAAGCAAAUAAAGACAAGGCCAAUCGAUACUUUUCUCCAAAUUUUAAGGUGAAGCUAUACUUCACAAAAACAGUAGAGGAGCCAUCAAAUCCAGAGGCUAGCAGUUCAACUUCUGUAACACCAGAUGUUAGUGACAAUGAACCUGAUCAUUAUAGGUAUUCUGACACCACUGACUCUGAUCCAGAGAAUGAACCUUUUGAUGAAGAUCAGCAUACACAAAUUACGAAAGUCUGA